AUGCAUUCCCACUGUCCACGGCCCACUAUAAAAGCAGAUGCAAUAAGCCUGGUAAGGCGUUGUCUAUACGAGAUGACCCAUACCGGUUCCACACGAGGACGCAUCCAUACGUACCGACCGGGGAUCGGGUCCCAUACGAGGCGGUCUGAAUGUUCAUUGUCUGAAGAUGGUUCGUUUAGGAACGAUGACCCAAUGCAUGAGAUGAUAGUACCGUUCUUAGGUCCGGGAUUGCUUUCUUGCACUCGAGACUCACUUUGCUCUCCUGAUGCGCAUAACCAAAAAAAAGAUGAUAGGAGUGAGAUUUCUGAGAUCAGAUUUGUUUCAAUCCUUUCUCUAACCCGAGUUCAAGAGCCCAAUGCCAAUGCAAUCCCAACUCCAAAACAAAGCCUUCUUACGAACGAGGCCCCCUCUUUCUGGACUUUACCGAUCCCUUCCUUUCUCGUGACGACCCUUGGUAAACUUCCAUCGGCUGUAAGUAAAGCCAAGACAGCGGUCUCAGACAUAACAGAAAAGCGGCCGUUUAGGACAAGACAGAAAGGGGUGCGAUAG